UAGUGAAUAUCGGCUGACUCAGACUGACGGAAAAGUCUUGAGUUUGCGCUCCAGAGGAAAAGUAAGAACAGCUGGAGCCCCGGCGGCGGACAUGGCACUCUGGUGAUGCCCGGUUUCCACACACAACUCCACGGCAACUAUUUCGUCUGGACGUUGAAGCUGCUGCUGAACAGACGGAAAACCUCCACAGUCACACUGAAUAUGCCGGGACUGCUGCUCGGAGAUGUCUUUCCUAAUUUCGAGACAGAGACCACCAUUGGCAAAAUUAAACUUCACGAAUUUCUCGGUGAUUCAUGGGGAAUCCUGUUCUCCCACCCCAGAGACUACACCCCUGUGUGCACCACAGAGCUGGGUCGAGCUGCCAGACUGAGCGGUGAGUUCAGUAAACGCGGCGUCAAAAUGAUCGCCCUCUCCAUCGACUCCGUGGAGGAUCACCACGGCUGGACCAAGGACAUCCUGGCAUACAACUGUGAGGAGUCUGGCUGCUGCUCGCUGCCCUUUCCCAUCAUAGCGGACAGUAAACGGGAGCUGGCAGUGGCCCUGGGCAUGCUGGACCCCGAUGAGAAGGACAAAGAUGGCAUGCCGCUCACUGCCCGCUGUGUGUUUAUCAUUGGCCCUGACAAAAGGCUGAAACUGUCACUCCUCUACCCGGCCACCACUGGGCGCAACUUUGAUGAGAUUGUGCGAGUGGUUGACUCACUCCAGAUCACAGCAGGGAAACGAGUGGCCACACCUGCCGACUGGAAGCCUGGAGACUGUGUGAUGGUCCCUCCCAGCAUGUCUGAGGAGGAGGCUGCCUCUUUGUUCCCAGAUGGCGUCUACACCAAAGACCUGCCCUCUGGCAAGAGGUACCUGCGCUACACGCCCUCUGUGUACACACCCCAGCCAUAAGCACAGCCAGAGGCAGCAAUGAAAUUCAUCACUCGCUUAUGUCACGCAGACUGUACCUUAACCCAGCAGCUCUCAAUCCUGGACCUUAUGGACCUUGAGUUUGGCUCGUUUUUGUCCCUACCAGGUAGAUAAACAAGUCAGCAGGCAUCCCAGUUGUGAAUCAGUCCCUGACAAAAUGGAUGGAAUGAAAACCAGUGCCUUAUAGAAUGCCUUUUCUAAUUUAGACAUUUUACAGUUACAGUAAGUUUUACAGUAUGUACAACUUCAAUAAUAAAACCUACAAUGUUCAGCUUACUUUCCUAAAGGGGGAUUGUUUUUGGAAAGGUAGGGGUUGAGAUGGGAACAUACAUUUUUGUUAUCUAAAAAUAUAACAAAGAGUUAAUUACAGUAUGGCAGAAGAAGUUUCUAUUUUGUAACAGUGGUACUGUCGGGGUUCUAAUAUUUUGGAUCAUACGUGUGUUGUUUACCUCUUUUUUGUUGGACCAAUGCAAUGAAAGUGGUUUAUGGUGCCAUUUACACAAAGGAUGACCUAGUGAAAGCAAAUAAUACUACUGUCAUGCCUGGAUACUCAUUUUAUCUGACAGGUUUACGUCAUUAAACACAGUUGUUUAAUUACAAACUUCUUAAUUGUAUAGGAAUUGUCUACUCUCACAUAACUGAUUACUCUAACUUUGCAUUAGUUUUGCCAGGCCAAACUGAUUUAUUUCACUGAAAGUCUUGUGGAUUUAUUGUAUUUAUACUCUGAUGGUUGAGUAUAGAUGAGUAUUGAUUUCACCUGUGUGGGACAAUAAAAGCAUUAAGGUUG